AUGGCAAAAAAGGAUGUGAAGCCAAGGUUGAUUAUAUGGGUAUUAUUGCUGCAAGAGUUCAACUUCGAGUUGAAAGAUAGAAAGAAGACUGAGAAUCAAGUGGCUGACCAUUUAUCUAGAUUGGAGGAUGAAGCUAUGCGAGAAUUGAGUAAAAGAGCUGAAAUUGAUGAUGCAUUCCCAUACGAACAUGUAUUGGUCGCUUCCCAGGAUUUAAUACCAUGUUUCGCAAAUUUCACCAAUUAUCUGGCAAGUGAUAUAGUUCCAUCGGACUUGUCUUUCCAUCAGAGGAAUAAUUUUAUGUAUGAUGUGAAAAAUUUCUCUUGGGAUGAGCCUUUCUUAUACCAGAGUUGUGCCUAUGGGAUUAUUUUCCGUUGUGUACUAGAAUUUGAGAGGUUGAGUAUUUUGGAGGCAUGUCACUCCUCGCCUGUGGAAGAAAUAACGCUUCCUAACAAUGACGGGAAGAGUGUCACCGUGUUUUUGAAAAAGCAUAUCUUCUCAAGAUUUGGGUCACCUAGGGUCAUUAUUAGUGAUGGUGUUUCUCACCUUUUUAAUAAGUUUUUCAAAGGGAUAUUGGAGAAACAUGGCGUUCGCCAUAAUAUGGCUACUCCUUAUCAUCCACAGACUUGCGGACAAGUAGAGGUGCCCAAUCCAGAAAUCCAGCAAAUUCUGGCGAAAACGGUGAAUGCCAAUAGAAUGAAUUAUUCAAGGAGACAUGAUGAUGUUCUUUGGGACUAA